UUGGUUGUAAGAAACUGCAACAGUUAGUCUCGGCAAAGCAACAUGGAAGAUUGCAUUUGCGAGUACGACGAGGUAAAUAUUGAGGAGGCGAGUCGUGAAGCCGAGGAAAUCUUGAAGAGCUUUAGCGAUGAAAGUUCUUCUGUGGAGGCAAAUGAAAAGCAGGAUGAUGCAUCUCGCCGUCGUAAACGCCGUAAGAAGAGAAUGUUGACUGGUGUGAGCCGGCAGCGGCGCGCUGCAAAUGCCCGAGAACGCCGGCGCAUCCAGGGGGUCAAUCGUGCGUUUGUGCAACUAAAAAAUUCUUUGCCUCUUGCUCAAAUCGAUAUCUCCAAAAUUGAGAUUCUACGUUUGGCUUCAAAAUGGAUUGAUCACCUUCGGACACUACUUAAAGAUUACGAGGAAAGAAAAGAAUUACUGAACACAGUACAAAUGGAAACAUCGCGACCGAACGAGUUUAUAAGUUUGGAAGAGAACAGGACUCCGGUUAAACAUGACUGCCUUUAUCACCAGUUUCCUGAUUUAAAGAAUACACUCUGGGAGGAAUGCAUCGGUGUACAUGAAUCCGCUCCAGGAGGCGAAAACGAGGGCUGCAUUCACAUCAGAAGUAACUCUAGUUUCCUCUCCCUGUUUUCACCACAUUAAAACCAUCA